AUGCGAGAGAAGGCCACCUGGAUGCACCCUCGGACGAGACAGUGGCACCUGCUGCACUAUGUCCUCACCCGGAGGUGAGACCAGCGGGACAUGCUGGUGACAUAGGCGAUUUCGAAUGCCGACUGGUGGACUGCUCAUCGUCACGUCGUCUCCAAGAUGCGAAUUCGCGUACAGGCUCGCAGGAGACCUCAAGGUAAGCGACCCCCAGGUAAGCUGAAUAUUGCCUUGUUGUCUUUGCCCCUUCACGAUCUCCAUUUCAGCAGUAAGCUAGCUCAGCGGCUAGUCAACCUCCCAGUCGCCGCCGCUGAUGCCGCCACUGACGUGACCGCUCCGUGGAGAACCGAUGGUUUCAAUUGCGAGACACAGUCCAGUCGACGGCCCUGACUGUCCUCGGUCGCGCAUGUCGCCAACACCAGGACUGGUUCGAUGGAAACGACGCCGCCAUCAGCGACCUGCUCACCAAGAAGAAUCAACUGCACAAGGCCUAUGUCAACCGCCCCGCCGACGACGACAGAACAGCCUUCUACCGUAGUCGCCGCCUUGUGAAACAGCGGCUGGGGAGGUGCAGGACGCUUGGAUUGCUCGCAAGGCCGAGGAGAUCUAAGGUUACGCGGAUCGCAACGAAUGGAAGAACAUCUUCGCCUCGAUUGAAGCUGUCUACGGUCCGCCAACCAAAGCAACUGCACAUCGUCUCAGAGCUGACGGCAACAUCCUAUUCACCGAGAAGACGCAAAUUCUACAGCGAUGGGCCAAACACUUCAGAAGUAUCCUCAACCGCCCCUCCACCAUCUCCGACAUCGUCAUCGCCCGUCCGUCUCAAGUGGAGACCGACGCUGACCGCGACCCCCUAUUCCUAUCUCCUCGUAACCAUCAGGGCCCUGUAGCAGCUCUCCAGCAGAAAGGCGCCCGGAUCGGACGCGAUCCCUGCUGAGAUCUACAAGCACGGUGGCCCCAAUUCAUGGAUCAUCUGACGGCGCUCUUCCAGCAGAUGUAGCUUCAAAGAGAAGUCCCGCAUGAUUUCAAGGGCCCAAGAAUCCUCUAUCUCUAUAAGCGGAAAGGUAACCAACAGCUCUGCGACAACCAUCGAGGCAUCUCCUUGCUGAACAUCGCCGGGCAGAUCUUCGCUCGCAUCCCUCUCAACCGCCCGAACAACCAUCUGGAACAAGGUCUCCUGCCGGAAAGCCAGUGUGGCUUCUGCCGCCAUCGUUUGACCACGGGCAUGAUCUUCGCCUCCCGUCAAAUGCAGGAGAAGUGCCAGGAGAUGCGGAACCACCCGUACUCUACCUUCGUAGCUCGGACGAAAGCCUUCGAUACGGUGAAUCACGAAGGACUGUAGAAAAUCAUGAAGAAAUUCGGCUGUCCCGAACGGUUUACCCAGAUGGUGCGUCAGCUCCACGAUGGCAUGAGUCGCGGACAAUACAGCUGUCUCAGAGGCAUUCGCAUUGACCAACGGAGUGAAGCAGAGCUGCAUUCUGGCGUCCACCCUCUUUAUUUUCAUGCUCUCUGCCAUGCUGAUGGACGCCUACCGUGACGAAAGUCCUGGAAUCCGCAUCACCCACAGGACGGACGGCCACCUUCUCAACCACAGGUGGACGCACUUCCAGUCGCGUUUUUCCACAACUACCGUCCAUGAACUUUUCUUCGUCUACGACUGCAAAGGAGCACGGAUCUCUUCGCCGCCUGCGACAACUUCGGUCUGGUCAUCAGCACGGAGAAGACAGUGGUCAUGCAUCAACCGCCACCCGACCCUGCCUACGUCGCACCCCAAAUAAACGUGAACGGCGUCCAACUCCAAGUAGUGGACAACUUCACGUAUUUGGGCAGUACCCUAUUCCGCACCACCAAGAUCGACGAUGAAGUGGCCUGCCGGACUUCCAAAACCAGUCAAGCUUUCGUUCGUCUGCAACGAAAAAUUUGGAAUCGCCACGGUCUCCACCUAAACACCAAUCUAAAGAUGUACAAGACCGUCAUUCUGCCGAUGCUGCUUUAUGAACGGAGCACUGAUCGGUGUACAAGAAGCAGGCGCGGAGGCUCAAGCACGUCCACCUCAGCUGUCUUUAACGAAUAA